GUUCGCGAACAUGUUCGCGAACAUUUUUUCCGACGUUCGCUACAUCCCUAUUCUGGCAUCCCCGAAUAUGGCUGAGGGAGAAUGUUGCUGUACUACUGUCUGGGUAGAAGAUUGUUAGGACUGGAGAACAGUGUCAGUGAUUCACUAAGGGAGGGGAAUACAGACAGAGUUUACAAUGGGAGGCAAAAAAACAAAGGAAUGAUAAUGCGGGUUUUGCAACUCUAUGAACACCUGACUAACAAACUUAUAUAAUUACUAUUUAUAACUUUUUAUAAGCCAGCUAUAUAUCUGCAUCUGUCCCACAGUUCUUGUUUGUGGAACAUCUUCAUGCCAGAGGCUGUCACCCCGGGCUACUUCAAGAUCUAUCCUUAAACUCUCAGUGGUCCUUCAAUUAAUUCUUCAGACGCACCUGGAGUCCUUUAAUCUGAAACAGCAGCAAAAAGGAUCAUGGGACUUCUGAUGUUGUUCUCUCUUGCCCUUCUAAUCAUAGCAACAAGUCCUUCAUAUAUUUUGGCAUACUCAGGAUGCGGAAAGCCUACUAUACCAAAUCGUAUUGUGGGUGGCCAGGACUCGGUUCAAGGGGAGUUUCCGUGGCAGUUGAGCUUGAGGAAGAACGGCCUGCAUAUCUGUGGAGGUUCACUUAUCGACAGCCAGUGGGCCAUCAGUGCUGCUCACUGUUUUGCACAACCAGUCUCAGUCUCAGAAUUCAAAGUGAACCUUGGGGCAUACCAACUAUCUGUGCCUUCUGGGAUUUUGGAGAAUGUGGCUGCCAUUUACAUUCACCCCGCGUUCAAGGGGAUCGGUAACAGUGGCGAUAUUGCACUAAUCAAGCUAGCGAAUCCUGUGCAGUUUACAGACUUAAUCAUACCUGUCUGUAUUCCCACCCCAAGCGCUGUCUUUUCUAAUGGAAUUAAUUGCACCGUCACUGGAUGGGGCUCUGUCAGGCAACUAGUGAGUCUUCCAUAUCCACGGACUUUACAGAAGGUCGCGGUUCCUAUUAUAGAUCGUGUGUCCUGUGAUCAGAUGUACCACAUUGACAAUCCUUCGCUGGCGGCUUCUCAGAACAUAAUAAUGUCGGACAUGAUCUGUGCAGGAUACAAUGCUGGAGGGAAGGAUUCAUGUCAGGGUGAUUCUGGAGGUCCCCUCGUCUGCCCCUGGAAUGGGUCAUGGCUUCUCGCUGGAAUAGUGAGCUGGGGUUUUGGUUGUGCUCUUCCAAACAGGCCAGGUGUCUACACCAGCGUCACAGCAUAUUCUGCAUGGAUUCAGGAAUACAUUCCCGAAUUCCAGCUAACACAAGCACAAAUCCCAGCACCUAACUACAGUGGGUCAUUGGCUUCAUCUUUGGAAAUCCUCAUAUUCUCACUGCUCCUGCAUAAACUUUUGGGCUAA